UGCUGUUUCGCACCUUCUCCCAGUAUCUAGUUGUGCAUGCUUUAGUAUUUAUAAGGCUGAGUAUAUGUGCGUAUAGUAUAUAUGCGUUUCUGUCCGUAACGGGUUUGUUUAGAGAGUAAGGUGAUCUCGCCCAAGGAGUCACGGCAUAAACGCUGGCUUCUUGGCCUAUAAAUAGCUGGGCAGUCCGUCUUCCAUGGCACAACAGCUUCUGCUUCCCCGGAAGAAAGAAAGAAGCUCUCCUCUCUCCAUCGAUACAACAAGAUCGAGAUGAUGCCUGCAAUGGGAAAGGAUAUACACUUCGGAUCAUCAAUUGGUGGCGCUGGUGGCACGAACACUGCUAAUGGUGGUAAUGGUGGCAAUAUUGGUGCUCCUGCCUCGCGGGCCGACUCUUGCGCCAAGCCGCAGCAGGAGCUACCAUCUCUGACACAUCAGUAUGCGGAACAAUACGUGUAUGCAUACCCAGCACCACCGGCAUACGGCGGCCCUCCAAAGCCCCCGCCGGCGUAUCGCUAUGGCUAUGGGUAUGGUGGAGGUGGUUCUGGUGGGUACAGCUACGGCUACGGCUACCCCGAGCCCGAUGGUAUUUGGGAUGAACCUGCUGGGGCAUACGGCGGCGGCAGAUACCACCCACCACAGCCGCCGUAUUAUCAUGGCGGCGGUCGUGGUGGGUACCCUUCUCCUCAGUUUGGUCGUGGAGCUGGUGCUGGUAGCUAUAGCUACUACGGCGGUGGCGGUGGCGGUGGGGGCGGAUAUCCUCCCA